CGUCGCGCACUCCGCCGCGCUAGCUCGUCCGAGAACCAACGGGUUAGGCGACGCAAGAGCAAGACGCAACUAAAAAACGUAGCUACGCUCUACGUUGCUUCCAUCCUUGUCCUUGCUCUUAGUUAUUAUUAUCAUCUCUAUCCUUUCUUGUCGUUUGUUUAAAUAAAUACAUAUAUAUGUAUCUAUAUAUAUCCAACAAAGUAGCUAAUAAUUAUUUUAUUAAAUAACAAUUAAACUGACAAAUAAAUUGAGUGCAAAGUGAAAUUAAUUAUUAAAAAAAAACAAUUUACAAAAAGACUCCCGCCAGUUUAAUGUGAGUCCCCAUUGGGAUACUGAGCUUUUAGCCGUUGAAAAUCACAUUAAAAAAAAUGGCGCUGUGGGCAAAAGCGCAGCAGUUGCCACAAGAGGCGCUCCAGCAAAUUCGUUCAGUCUAUGGUGAGCACUUUCCUAUAGAAGUUCGUCAUUUCCUCGCUGCUUGGAUCGAAGAAAAAAUGUGGGCAGAUAUAGAGCCAGAUAACCCACAGCAUGAGCCCUACAUCUCCAACCUCAUCGGUUCCUUGAUCCAGGAACUAGAAUCCAAAGCCGCUUCUCUUCAAACCGAGGACCUGUUUCUCACCAAACUCAAGCUCAUGGAGGCCGCAAAGAUGUUCCGGCAGCGGUACAACACCAACCCCACAACCCUGUUCCGUAUAAUCCGGCACUGCCUUGGAACCGAGAUGAAGCUGGUUGCUCAAGUGGAGAAUUUAGGCGGCGCAUUGAUGAGUAUGGCUCACGGUCGCGUUGGCAUGAUGGUUGGGGACUCGGUGACGGAGAUCGCCCAGCAAGUUGAGGCUCUUCGACGGCGAACUCAAGAGACCGGUGAGGAUCUGCGUAAGAUGGAACAAGAGCAGGAAGCUUUCGCUAUCAGCUACCACGAAUGCACGAAAUUAAAUGCUCAUCUCCAGCAGUUGGCGACUCAUCCCCAGAACCAGCAGAGUAUCGACGCCGAGAAGAAGAUCCGUCGGCAAAAGGAGCAACAGGAACAGCUUCUCAAUCACAAAGUCGCCAAUCUAAUGCAGCUACGUCUUACUUUGGCGGACAAGCUCAAGGACACCAUCACCAAAUUGAACAGCCUCCAGUCGAAAGUCCUCGAUGACGAGCUGAUUCGAUGGAAACGCGACCAGCAGCUCGCGGGAAAUGGCGCCCCCUUUAACUCAACCCUAGAUUCGAUCCAGGAAUGGUGCGAAAGUUUAGCAGAACUAAUUUGGCUCAACCGCCAGCAGAUAAAAGAGGCAGAGAGGUUGAAGUUGAAGCUAGCACUGGAUCCACCAGGUGUCCAGGACAUUUUGCCGCAGCUCAACUCGUCCAUCACCCAGCUGCUGAGUUCUCUGGUCACCAGCACGUUCAUCAUCGAGAAGCAGCCGCCCCAGGUGAUGAAGACCAACACUCGGUUCACUAGCACCGUCCGACUCCUAGUUGGGGGCAAGUUGAACGUCCAUAUGACCCCACCCCAGGUUAAGGUCAGCAUCAUCAGUGAGGCCCAGGCCAAUAGUCUGCUAAAGAGUGACAAGAUGGCCAAGGGAAGCGAAGCCAGUGGAGAAAUUUUAAACAACACCGGGACCAUGGAGUAUCAUCAGGCCACCAGGCAGCUGAGUGUCAGCUUUAGGAACAUGCAGCUCAAGAAAAUUAAGCGGGCGGAAAAAAAAGGAACAGAGUCGGUGAUGGAUGAAAAGUUCUCGCUGUUGUUUCAGUCUCAGUUCAGUGUUGGAGGUGGGGAACUGGUCUUCCAGGUAUGGACUCUGAGUCUCCCUGUGGUGGUGAUCGUUCAUGGAAACCAGGAACCACAUGCUUGGGCGACGGUAACUUGGGACAACGCAUUCGCUGAACCAGGGCGAGUUCCCUUUGCGGUUCCAGAUAAAGUCCCCUGGUCCCAGGUCGCCGAGGCGUUGAAUGUUAAAUUUAAGUCUGCGACUGGAAGACAUUUGAUGGAGGACAAUUUGAGGUUUCUUGCCGAGAAGGCUUUUAGAGGAGGAUACCCAGGGGAUCAGGACUAUUCGAAUUUGAUGUUAAGCUGGGCUCAGUUCUGCAAAGAGCCGCUGCCUGAGAGAAACUUUACAUUCUGGGAGUGGUUUUAUGCGGUUAUGAAGCUCACAAGAGAGCAUUUGAGAGGGCCAUGGACGGAAGGAUUCAUCUUGGGAUUCGUGAGGAAGAAGCAGGCAGAAGAAAUGCUCGCGACAUGCCCCAGUGGGACUUUCUUGAUGAGAUUUUCAGAUUCCGAGUUGGGCGGUGUCACUAUUGCUUGGGUUGGAGAUCAAACCGAAGUGUUUAUGCUGCAACCAUUCACCAGCAAGGAUUUUGCUAUCCGUUCUCUCGCUGACAGAGUAUCAGAUCUUCAACACUUGCUGUACUUGUACCCCGACAUAUCAAAAGAUCAAGCAUUUGCGCGCUACUACACCCCAUUUACGGAGAGUCAACCGACGUCAAACAACGGGUAUGUGAAACCUCUUCUCGUGACCCACGUGCCGGGUUGGGGUGGACCAGGCGUUGGCGGUCAAACUCCCUCCCACUCUUCUGUCGUUGGCAUGGGUAGUACUCAGGGUCACGGAAGUUAUCCAGCAACACCGUCAAAUAUGUUUCAAGCACACAGUCCUGAUCCUUCUGUUCGUGACACUCCGUCAGUUGCAUCCAGUUACGCUCCGGGUCUUGGACAAUCUUCAAAUCCUGGUGGCCGUCCUAGUGACAUGGAUUACGCAGAAUUAAUUGGUCACACUGAGAUGCCAUCAAUUGACGAAAAUCUUAAUCUGGAUCAACUCAAUGGAUUUGGAUUCAAUGAAUUUAUACAGUCGUACAAACCACAAUAAUUUAUUUAUUAUUAUUUUUAUUUAAUUAUAACACUUUAUUUUUACUAUAAGGCUACUGCUAAAUUUUUUUUUCCAUUAAUAUUUAUAUAUACAUCUAUAUAUAUAUAUAACUAUAUGUGUAUAUAUUUUACACAACCAAAAUAUGGAAAAAAAAAAUUAAUUAUUAAUUGAGUUCCUGCUGGAAAAGAAGUUUAUUAAAAUUUUUAAAAAUUUAUUUUAUCUCGAUAGGUUGCGCUGAUUUUGUAGAUUAUAUAAAAAAAAAAAAUGUAUCAAAAAAUUUUAAUUUUUGAAAGAAUUAUCAUUUUUUGAAUUGGAGACUCUUGAAAUUUUUCGUGGAAGUUUUUUUCAUUUGAAAUAGUUUUUUUUUUAAUUUCCUCUUAACUAGUAUGCAAAUUAAAAUUUUGAGUUAAAAAAUUUCGAAAAAUAUUUUUGCGCAAAAAAAUUUUCAAAAAUUAAUUUAAACUCUUUUGGGUCUGAAAAAUAUUUUCCAAUAACUUUUUUGUAAAUUUGAUUUUUAAAUUUUUAUUUGAAUUUUUUUAGAAGGAAAAAAAAAAAAAAAAAUAGUUUUCGAUAUUUUUAAUUUGGUAACGAUCGAAUUUUUUUUUCGAGAUUUUCAUUUUAAAAAUUGCAAUAACUUCCGUUUAAAUUGAUAUUUUUUGAAAUAAUUUUUUAUUCCUCAUUUUGAGGAACCAACUUAUCGAAAGAAAAAUAAUAAAAAAAUUUUGAAAAUAACUUUUCAAGUAGAAAAAUAAAAAUUUUUAUCGAUUUCAAACAAAGAACUGUAAUGAAUUAUAUGUUUAUUAUCAUUUUGACUAAUUGUUGAUUAGUCAAAUUUUACAAAAUAAUGACAUAGCUAAAAAAAAAAAAAGAGUGGAAGAGAAAAUUUUCGAAGGAUUUUUUUUUUAUGUUUACUAUAGUUCCAAAGUUGUAGAUAAAUGAUAUCUAUUACUAUUAAUAUUUAAUGUGUAUUGUAAUUUUUUUUAGCAUAAAAAAAAACUUUUUUUUUUUAAAUAUGAUUUAAUUGACAAUCAUGUGCCUUAGAUUAAAAGAAACUCGUUAUUAAAAAAUCUAUCGUAACUAUUUGUGAUAAAUUGGAACACUAAAAAAAUAUCAUUAAUUAUUUUUUGACUCAUGAGAGUUUGUAAGGAUAAACAUUUUUUAAAAUUUGAUCUUGUAGUUGUUUAGAGAAUGAAAUUCCAUUUAAAAUGAGUACCAACAAGCCAUAUUUAUUUUUAUUUAUUUAUAAGAUACAUAUAUAUGUACUUAUAUAUGUUUUUGUAAUUGCUGGAAAUAAAUAUACGUUGUUGGUACUCGUUUGAAAGGGAAUUUGAUCCUCUAUCAAAGUGUGGUAAGAAGAACUAAAAAAAAAUUAUUAAGCGUAACAAAGUCAAGUAUUUAAAGCUCUUUCAAUAGAGUACCAACAAGUCCUACUAAUUUUUUAUAGUUUCACCCUUUAGCGUUUGGGAGUCUCGAUUAGUGUGCGUGCAAUGUGAGAUUAUUAGUGACACUGCGUGCUCUUUUCCACUCAUUCUAAUUCAACUUUGUAUACAGUACCAGUACCGUAGAAUUGUUUACGCGGCAAACUUUAAUAAUAAAAAAUUAAAGCCUUUUUUUUUCUAAUAUCCUGCUGCUGCGACUGAGAAUGACUCAAUUUAAUUUAAUAAUGACCCGUGUAAACAGGGAGUGGGGUUUUAA